GGCGGCGUCUUGAAAGGUCGGGGGUGCGGGUGACCGUUGGGGCUCGCGCGCCUUGCCGUUUGCCGCCUUUUCCUCCUGCCUCGAAGGCGAUCGAUCGAUCGAUCGAUCGAUCGAUCAACCCUUCCCGGAAGUAGCCCCGGAUGGCUCCUCGGCCGCAGGCUCAUUAUGCUUUGUUGGCUGCCAAUAAUUCCCCCUCAACCUAAAGAACAUCAGCACUGAGGACAAGUAGCUGUACAGCAUUCUAAUAAACCAUUGGCAAAUUAUCCAUUAGAUUGCAUUAUGGACAACACAAAGGAGAAGAAUGGCAGUGACAGCGAUGUGCUUUUCCUUAGAAUGGGUCUCAAUGACAACAAAGCAGGAAUGGAAGGUUUAGAUAAAGAGAAAAUUAACAAAAUUAUACUGGAAGCCUCCAAGGGAUCUAGGUUUUAUGAAAAUGAGCUCAAAAGAGAAAAGCAAGUCAAUCAACGAAUUGAAAAUAUGAUGCAACAAAAAGAUCAGAUUUCCAGCCAGCAAUUGAAGAAAGCACAAUUACAGGUGGAUAAACUUGCAAUGGAUUUGGACCAAAGCCGGGAUCUUCGCUGUACUAUAGUUCACAUUGACAUGGAUGCUUUCUAUGCAGCUGUAGAAAUGAGAGAUAAUCCAGAAUUAAGGGAUAAACCUAUCGCAGUGGGAUCAAUGAGUAUGCUGAGCACAUCAAAUUAUCAUGCAAGGAGGUUUGGAGUUCGUGCCGCCAUGCCUGGGUUUAUUGCCAAGAGACUGUGCCCACAUCUCACAAUAGUACCAACAAAUUUUGAUAAAUAUCGAGAAGUGAGCAAAGAGGUUAGGGAAAUACUCACUGAAUAUGAUCCUAAUUUUAUGGCCAUGAGCCUUGAUGAAGCCUACUUGAAUAUAACAAAGCACUUAGAAGAAAGACAAAACUGGCCUGAAGACAAAAGGAGAUAUUUCUUCAAAGCAGGAAACACUGCAGAAAAUGAUAAAUCAGAAGGGGCAGGAUCCAGGCAACCAGAGUUGUGUGAAGAUGAACUGUCCUUCUCUCCAGUACUUUUUGAAGAUAGCCCUCCUCUGUUACAGCAGCAGGGGCAACCCACUAUUCAUUUCCAAGAAGUAGGGGAAGAACAGGAGUCUCCUCAAGUGGCCCAAAAUUCAAUUAUCUUUGGAACAUCAGCCGAAGACGUCGUGAGGGAAAUUCGUUUCAGGAUUGAACAAAAGACAACUCUGACAGCUAGUGCAGGGAUUGCCCCAAAUAUGAUGCUAGCAAAAGUGUGCAGUGAUAAAAACAAACCAAAUGGGCAGUACAGAAUUCUCCCUACCAGACAGGCUGUUAUGGACUUCAUCAAGGAUUUGCCCAUAAGAAAGGUGUCCGGAAUAGGAAAAGUUACCGAGAAAAUGCUAAAGGCUCUUGGAAUUACCACCUGUACUGAUCUUUACCAGCAGAGGGCAUUGCUCUCUCUCCUGUUCUCUGAAUCAUCUUGGCAUAAUUUCCUUCACAUUUCCCUAGGUCUGGGUUCAACACAUUUGGAAAAAGAUGGAGAAAGGAAAAGUAUGAGCAUUGAAAGGACAUUCAGUGAGAUAAGUAAAGCAGAAGAACAGUAUAGCUUGUGCCAAGAACUUUGCAACGAUCUUGCUCAGGACCUACAGAAAGAAUUGCUUAAGGGCAAAACAGUCACUCUUAAACUAAAGAAUGUGAAUUUUGAAGUAAGAACUCGAGCAUCUACUGUUUCAUCUGGAGUUUCUACUGGAGAAGAAAUCUAUGCUAUGGCUAAGGAAUUGUUAAGGACAGAAAUUGAGGCUGAUUUUCCUCAUCCUUUGAGAUUAAGACUUAUGGGUGUUCGAAUCUCAGGCUUUCUCCUUGAAGACAAGAGGCACCAGCAAAGGAGCAUCAUUAGUUUCUUGCAAUCCGAGAGCCAUGUUCCAACUAUCACUGAGGUUGCUGUAGAGAAAACUGACCAGGAAGGGCCAAAGCCUCAGGAAAUGGCACCUAAGGAGAGUUUUUUCAAUAAAAAACGAGCGGAACGGAAACAGCACUUCCAAGAGCUCUUGAAAUAUGAGACUGAACCUCAACAAGAUUUACAAACUCUGCAGACAACUGUCAUUUCUAAGAGAGGGACAAAUGAAAUUCCCAAUUCUGAAAAUUCAGGGGAAUAUCAAAUGUUUACCUGUCCCAUUUGUCUUAAAGUGCAAGGAAGCACCUGUCUGGAAACCUUUAACAGACAUAUUGAUGGAUGUCUCAGUAGAACAUUGAUGGAUAGUGAUUCAGACAUUCCCCAGGAGCUCAUGAAUUCUGCCCCUCCAGAAAUAAGGAAAACUGAAAACAUGGAUGACAAUCUUUCACCCUGUGAAGAGGUAGAUUUUGAAAUCCUGGAGAAGAUGACAAAAGGCCAGUUAGCAGAAGCCACUUCUAGAGCACAUGUAGAAAUGCAUUCCAGAUGGAAACAUGUAGAAUCUUUUAGCAAAGAAGCAGGUGACCAACAUGGCAUGGAGGAAAGUGCAGUUACACAUAGUAACUCUUCAAAUAGCAAAAGCUGUCAUCCAGACUCUCCCCCAAUCACAUCUCUGUCUCUAGGUAGGCAAGAAACCCUGCAGCCUUAUUUACCUAGUAUGAUCAAAGACAAGAAUCUGGUUUGCCCUGUUUGUAACAUGGAACAAAAGACUUCUGACCUCUCACUGUUCAACAGACAUGUGGAUGUUUGCUUGAAUAAAAGCCUUAUCCAAGAAAUGAGGAAGUACAAAGUUAGUCCUGAUAAGAAUAGUAAUCCAGGAAGUUCCAAAACUGCAGGAAACUUGGGCCAAACCCAGAAAGUGAAUGCCACCACAAGAACAAAAAGGUACAGGCCAGGAGUGUUGACACAGCAUUCGUCAUCCAAGAAAACCAAACCAAACAAUUCCAAAUACACCAUUGAUUCAUUUUUUAAAUAAGCAUUUAGUGAUCUGUACUAGAGGAGUUAAUUCUGUAAUUUUAUAAUCAGAAUCCUAAAAUUGCAGGUUUAUUCACUAUUAAAUAAGCAUUUAGUGUUUUGAACUAGAGGUGUUAAUUUCUUAAUUUCACAAUCAGAGUCCUAAAAUUGCAGGUUUAUUCACUGAAAUAGAAGGAAUCUUUGGGUCCUUUGUAAAACGUUCUGAGAAAAAUAUUAUUUUAUUAUUAAGGAAAGAUAAUUUAAUAAUUAAGCAUAUUGUAAUUUUAAGGAAAUCACAUAUUAUUUGUGCUUAUGAAGUAAACUAAAUUAUGCAUAUUAAAUAUUACUUAUUUCAGGCACAGAUACCUAAUUUUAAUGGUUUUAGGCUAGUUGGCUUUAUGGUAAGGGAACUAUAACUUUUAGAAAAACUGUUACCAGAAUGCAUUCCUCAAGCACUUACUUCACUUUAAAAAUAUUUAAGUCUGUGAUAGGGAAGCUGUUUCUUGAAGUAGCUAUACACCUCUCAAAGACAAACUCCCUGUGGAAAGAGAAUGUCUGUCGGCCAGAAUCCAGUUCACACCUUUGUGUCUCUGAGGUACUAUGAUUACAGAAAGAGCUAUGGGAAUUUAUGUUUUGUUUUAUACAUCAUGUAUAUGUUGAAGGAGGAAAUGUGCAAUUGUCAAGAUAUUCAUUACAAUUUUAAAGUUAUGUUUUUUAGAAAGCCAACUUGCCAUUUUAUUUUUAUCAUAUCUUUCUGUGUUAAUUUAUAUUUCUGAAAUAAGAUGAAGGCUUAAUAAUGAACACAUAUAUUUAAUCUCCAAGAAUUUUUGAACAACAAUAUGCGGGUGCCUCCAUUUUCAGGAGAAUAAAAUAGUAUAUUGGAAAACAA